AUGCAGCUUCAGCUCAUACCCUUUCCGCCCCAUCCGGCAAUCCUCUUCGCCUUUACCCUCCCGGCUCUCCCUCCUACGCUCCCCUUUCCUCCUGCGUAUGCCGGUCAGCUACAGCUCCUGCUUCACACCGACCUAGACCCACCGCCGUCUCCCUAUGCGCUCGACAAGGCCGUCUGGGCGGUCCACUUGAUCGAAAUCGUCACGUUUGAUCUCCCCAAACGCAAAGUGCACGUUAAGAUGGUUGACGACUCGGUCAUCGAAUGGGAGAUGAGAGGCGAAGAGCCAUGGCUAAAGCGCGUCCAGGAAAAUGUGGAAAAGAGCACCAAAGAAGCGGAGCGUGAGCGCAACGAAGAGCUCAAUGCCGCUGCAGCUUCGUCUGUUGCCAACCCCUAUCUUCCGCUCACCAACCCGCCACUUUGUCCUCCCGAACUCGAGCGAGAAGUCACGAGCAAUAGUCGAAGCCACCGCCGGUCCAAAUCGCUCUUCAACUCGCUCCUCUCCGCGCUCAGCAUCGGGUCAUACACUCCCUCUGGAACGCAACCGUAUCGGAUUGGUGGAGGUGUUGGUGGCAGCGGACGCAAGGACCGAUUUGAAACGUCCGCCGAGCACCUAGCGUCGACCAUUCGAGCCUUUUCGAUUUCGUCGCUCUCCACUUCAGAAUUUACGUAUCCACCCAGAGCACAACUGCGACAAGUCUCGAGUCCAGCCAGCCGCAUCCUCCGACGCAAUGCGCGGAGCGCCCUCGUCGAUUGUUUCCGUCGUUGGGUCGUCCCCACCGUUCGUGACCGCCUCCGUUGGGGUGCGUUUAUCCCCUAUGAUGAAGACUUGGAGACGGGACUCGACGAGACGAAAUGGGGGAAAAUGUCAAAGGCAACCAAUGCCUAUGCCGAUUGGGCAUGUCGGAGCAAGAUUCGGCGAUGCGAGUCUACCCUUAAGGAUGCACUUGCACUCGUUGCGUCGCCGACGGAAGAGUCUGGUAUGCGACACGAGGUCAUCUCCGACAAGGACUCUCGUCGGUCGAGCGCGUCGAGUACAUUGGCCUCUGCCAUUUCUGCAUCCAGCCGUGCAAGCUCUUCUCAUCACGAACAACCAUCCCCAGACGGCGAGUUUGACGAGUUUCCGGAAUCUAUCCUCGCCGCCACGCUAAAGACACCACGCCCGGCCGCGCUCAACAACUUGACGGGUCCGUAUACUCCCAUUUCUGGACGCCAUGUCUCGGCAUUGCAGUCGAUCAUCACCAAGUUUAAGACGUUGCACGACAUGCUGGGUGCCGACGCGCGGGGUAUGGCAGAGGGCCACAACCUGGCCCUUCGCGCUCUCGAAGAACGAGGCCGUCGAAGAGGCUGGAGCUCCAUGGAGAGUGGUGGUAUUCGCAAGUCUCGACUUUGGUACGUGGUGUCUAUUCCAUGGAAUUGUACAUUUGGGGCUAAACGAGGCGGAAACAGCAUCAGCAACGCCGAGUAUGGGUCUGGUUCGUCCGCCUGGGAGCUUUCGAUUCCAGUCGUGCGCAGUGCGCUCGGAGAGAUUUCGAGCACCUGGGAGGACUGGCAAAUGGAGUGGGAGAUGGAACGCGAGUUUGAGCACGACGAGAUUGAAGACUUCAACGUCGACGACUUUCCCGACGUCGUUUCCGAAUUCGAAACGGGUCCAUUCCGAUCAGACAUCGAGUUGAACGGCCAUGGUCGCAACCCCAGCUUGACGGCCACGGAGAUUGACCUCAACGACGCCGAAUGCCAUUCCGAGUUUUCAGAUUCUUCGGAUGAAGGGGAGUUAUCGACUGUCAACGAGACGUCGCCCACAUCGCCAAGCGACUUUGCGACUCUGCAGCAACUCUCAUCCUCUGAUCCCAAUCUCGAGCUUACCUCUGCCUCUAUCGUCAAGGCUCAUCGUGGGAGAAGGUCAGGCGUGCAAGCACGACUGGGGACGUACGAGGAUGUACGCGACGAGAUGCCGCCCAGCCCUCCUCUCGUCGCAUUGAGUCCACCACCUGCGCGUCUACGGACAGGCAAGGAGAAUGCAGAAGGAACCUCGACGACAGAGCCCCGCGCAAACGCCAGCGCCAGCCGUCCUCCAAGAGGACUAAAGCCGCUCAAGAUGCAGCCGCUUGCCAACCGUGCUACAUCUCAUCGUCGCGAGGGAGCAACAUCCGAGCAUGCCCAGGGCAAUUUUGCUCAGACCCGUGUCGGUGACGUCCAGUCGGGCGUGUUUGACGAGUGGGAAGAGGACACAGAGGCAGGCGACGUGUUUGGACCGAUUAAUCACCCCUCCUUGGAGCCACGCCGUUUCCUUGGCUCACUGCGGGAUGCGUUAGAGUCGAGGAUCAACGAUGACGGCGGCGUGUCCGUUUUGGAACAAGUCGGUGCCUCUUCCGAGGUUGCAUCUGGUCACGUAUACCCUCCUGGAUUGCAUGGUGAUUACCCAUGGGGUGCUCACCCACCUUCGCCGACUCGAAAGGUUCUCGCUGUCAGCCCACGCCGUCGGGAUUUCGCCGAGCUGGCUGUGGACGAUGCUCGAGAGGCACUCGUAAUGGACAAGUUGCCUAGUGCGCGCAGCCCGCGGUUGAAGCCGCACCUCACUCUGUCCCUAUCCGCCAUCAGCAAGCCACUCUCUGCACCAAUGACAGACUCUCAUUUGGGCCAAGCACACGUACCGGUGACUAUCAUACAAGAGGCGCGACCAGCACCGCUUUCAGCACCCGCUCACGUGUCGUCGUUUGAAGACAAGGUGCAAGAAGAACCGCGCACGUUGGAGGGACCGCCGAAGGAGGAUGCACCUGCGCUGUUAUUAGAUACACCCACGGUCGAACACCCUACGAGCACGUACCCUUACACGUGGGACAUUAGCGUCGUUCCUCGGGGUAUGGUCGUCGUUGGGCGGGUUGGCGUCGCCGAAGACGAUGCUGCAUCGACGAUGACGACGACGACGACGACGACAAGCGAAAAGAGCUCGAGUAGCGGGAAACUGGCAAAGCAACCCAGUAAACUGCGCAAGCCGAAUCCGAAUGCAAAGCCCAUUCUUUGCGUGACGCCUCCACCUCCAGUGCCCCCGCUGCCGUCCAAAGAGGAACAAGCACGUCUUGUGCGAUCAAAGAGUUGGAAGGGUCUCUUAUCGAGGAGCGAAAAGGAUACGUUGCAGGUCUCGUCCGAGGGCAAGCUCGUCAAACGCCGACGUCGUUCGGCUGAGCCUCUGGCGUCGUCGACUCCGAAAAAGACCAAAGAGGCCAGUGAACAACGUUCGCUCAUGUCGUCGACGUCGUCAGAAAGUCUUGAUUCGGUCGAUUCUGAUGAUUUGGGCGAGGUUGUCGUCUCGACGGAAACGUAUCACAUCCCCGACGCGUGGUUUACCAUCUCCGAGCCCAAAGUAGUAACACGAAAGUCGUGUACGAGCGUCAACCUUUCUGCGCCAGAACCGGAGCGGAGACCUACGCGGACAAAGAGUAUGGGGACGUUGAACCGGCCACCGUCGUUUAUCGAAAUUGACCCGGCAAUGGCACCUGCUAUUCCUCCACCUCCUCGUCCUGCAAAGAGUUUGAAGCGGAGUCGGAGUGUCGGGCACAUGGUCGCAGAGUCGUAG